AUGGAUCCUAACGACCUUCAACAGGAACAGGCAAUCGCGGUGUUGCAGCAACAGCAGCAACAGCAGCAACACCAACAACAGCAGCAACACCAACAACAGCAGCAGGAGCAACAAGAGCAACAGGAGCAACGAGAGCAACAGCAGCAACGGCAGCAGUUCCAGCAUCUCUCACUCCACUCUGCCCAUGACACUCUGGACCAAGACGCGCUUUCAAAUGGUAGCGCUAACGGAUCAGCCCUUCAGACGACCCUUGCCAGCAAUGCCAGCGGGCAACUGAACCUUCAACACGCUGCUCCUGCCACAACAGGCAGCCUCCUCCAUCAUCACGAUCUUACAGACCAUCAGGUCGCCUCCCAUGUCCUGCAGAGCAGUCACGACCAAUCCACCGACUCAACGACUACUGCCGCCGCCGCCGCUGCCGCCGUCGCUGCUGCUGCAACGGCCGCCACUCUGGCAUCUCUGGAGAGUCUGGAUUCGGUCGUGGCAGAGGCUGUUGUCGCUGCCUCCAAGUCUGCUGUUACAGACUCGGUGACUUCUACAGCAUCGGCGCCUUCUGUUGCGGCAGUCGCUGCCAUCGCGGCAGGGGCUGGUCUUGCGUCUACCUCCUCGUCAUCGUCUGCAGGACCUUCGUCAAACAUGGACGGCAGCGACAGGAGCAGUAGCAGCAGCGCCAACCCUACAAUUCCAGCUACGAAUACUCUGAAUCAAGAGGGCAGCAGCUCAGGAAGCGGAGAGCGUUAUGACAAGUGUCCUGCGAUCUUCAAAUGGCCAGCCGAUGACUGGGAGACAUGGCUUGACCAAGAGAAGACUUUUUGUCGCUGGAAUAUGGUGCGGCACCGCCACCGCGACAAGCAAACAUUUGCUCGUGGACCGACAGCAAGCGAAUGGACGCGAGAGUUCCAGUGUGACCAUGCAGGACAGUAUCGCGACCGCAAGAAUCCCAACAUUGAUCCUAGCAAGAAACGAAAACGGAACGGGAGUAUCAAGUGCAACUGUCCCGCUUUUAUCAAAAUGCGGAAACAGUUCCACGAGAACGAAGUGCUGAUCGAGUACUCUUGGAGGCACGAAGGCCAUGUGCCGGAUGUGAUGGAGGACAUCAAGGCACAGAGAUUGCCGCAAGAUCUCAAGGCAUGGAUCAAGGAGCGUGUUCGUGAAGGACUUGACUGGAAAACUGUCAAAAACUUGAUGAACUCGGGAUCUGCAAUGUUGGACGAGCUUCACCCGGCGACGAAGCAAAACAUCAAGAUCCUUUUGCCUUCAUGUUAUGCUCUCUUCGCCAACACCUCGAGGCAGAUCAAGAACAAGAACAGCCCAAAGUUAACAACUACGCCAAUUUCGGAUCGGGUCACUCGAGGCGGCAACGUCCUUCGGUUCGAAGAUAAGACAACACUAGCCCAGCGACUCUCCCAACCAUCAUCGCCUCAGUCAGCUCAGCAGUCAUCAUCAUCGUCAUCGCGGGAAGCUCACAGCUCGACCGGCCAGAACCAGAAGCAGGGUACAGGCAUGGAGUCGUCCCAUGUCCCACAAACAUCGACCUGGCAGAUCACACUGGAAAGCACACAGCCCAACGGUUCAGGACACGGCUUUGGUGUGUCUGACAAUCUGCACGCCGCCAACAACAGUCACGACAAUCAAACGAUAGCCGUCCACACGCUAGCGGCACCUGGAACAACUCAUACUACAACACACAACCAACUACAACACCAGGUGCUUGCAAUAAGCGAGCCCUUGCUUAACACCGAAUCUAUAUCGCGGGUCAUUCGGGAACAAGGCACUGCUCAGGAUAUGGCGGCACUGUCGCUGGUGGCGAGUGCAAGCUUGGACGCCACUAAUAGUUCACAAGGACUAGGAUCGAAUGCGGGUAGUGCAGCACAGGCAAAUCAUGACGCGGCUGAAGUCACAGCCAGCACGGUUGCGACCGUGGCGAGCAUGCUCUACAACAGUAGUCGCACGCACGCAAACCUCCAGGAUGCAGGAUCAGGAGCAACUGAAACGAGUCACCAAGGCGCUGUUGACGCGUUGAUGGAGUCACCGACUGCUAUGGAAGGGGUUCAAGUCCUACAGCCGCAUUCACACGCGGUGUCCUUACAACAACAAAUCCAACAACAUGUGGAGGAGCGGUCACCUCGCGAUUUGAUGUUGGAGGUGUUGCGAGCGAUUGCCGAUCUACACAAGCAGAUGGAGGCAACGGAGCAGUAUGGCACACAGGAGGAUGCCAUGGAGAUCAUCGAGUCCUUUGCUACCCCGAUCCGAUUGAUGAAGGAGGCCCUGGAAAGGAGGAGCUCCGGUACUCAGCCAUAG